AUGAAAAAUAAUGAAGAAGAAAAUAGUAUAAGGUCAUUAGGAUGUAGCGCAUUAAUCGAAUUAUUAAAUAACAACAACAAUGAGUUGUAUGAGAAUAAUGAAGAUAGUUAUGAUGAAAAUAGUAGGAAUAAAAAUUAUGUAAAAGAAAUAAAUUUAUUUGAAAUAAAUAAUAGUUUAGAAGAUGAUUCCGUUGAUAGAAAACAAAUUAGUUAUUCUACAAAAUUGUUAAACAAAUCACCAUAUAGUAAAUUAAGUGAAAAAAAAGUUGAUUUAAUUAAUUAUAAUUUAAGUUUUAAUAAUAAUAUAAAGAGUGAUUGUUUUAAGAAUACUUAUUUUGACGCAGUUAAUAAAUAUAAUCUUUUUUUAUCAUCUAAACGGAAAUACAAAUAUAAAAAUAAUAAUAAUAAUAAUAAUAAUAAUAGGAGUUAUAAAUGUUUAAUGCCAUACAAUAAUAAGAAAGAAAUAAAAAGAAAUAAAAGAAGGGUUGAUUUAAAUUUUUUUUCAUCUGAAGAAGAUAAUAUUAACACAUAUACAUUAUCAAGAAAAAAAAGAAACAGAAACAGUGAAAUUGUAAAAAUUUUAAAUGCACCAAAUAAAGAUAAUAAUAUUUUUGAUAUGGAAGAAAGCAAAUUAAAAAAGAAAAAAAGAAAACAAUGUUAUGAGGAAAAUACAAAUGAAACAUUUGAUAUGGGUGGUAAUAAUACUUAUGAGAAAAACAAUAUAAAAAUAUGUAAUUUUCAAAAAAAAAAAAAAACUAGCCAUAAUAUGUUAUGUGAUAAUAUAAAUUCGCCUGACCUUGUCAAUAAUUUUGUUAAUAAAAAUGGUAAAGACAGAAUAUUUAUAAAAAAGGAAGGAAAUGAAAAUUUUGAUAAAAAUGGAAAAAAUGAAAAAAAUCAAAAUAUUGAUAAAAAUGGAAAAAAUGAAAAAAAUGAAAAAAAUGAAAAAAAUCAAAAUAUUGAUAAAAGUGAAAAAAAUCAAAAUAUUGAUGAUAUAGAAAUAUAUAACAAUUCUGAUAAAUGUGACAAUGAAAAGAUAACUAAAAAUAAAAAUAAUAUUAAAUAUAAUAAAAAUAUUAUGAAUAAUAUUUCCACGAAUAAAUAUAACCAUAUUAUAAAUGAAAAGAACAAACAGAAAUUUAAAAUAUAUGAUAAGGGGAAAUUACUUUGUCCCGAUUCCAUUGAUGAUAAUAAAAAAUGGAACGAUAAUAUAAAUUUGGAAAAUAUAAAUUCAAAUAAAAAUAUUGUUAUGUUAGAAGAACGUAAGUUUACUAAUGUUUGUAAUAAUGCAUGUACUCUUAUAAAGAAUGAGAGAAACAGUGAGAAAUUAAAUGAACAUGAAAAUUAUACUCCUAUUAAUUGUCUUAUAUCCAAAAGGAAUGAUAUAAAUAUGGAAGAUAUUAAAAAUAUAGAAAUUGAUAAAAAUGUUGAAAAUUUUGUGUUCCUUGAUUUUAUUCCAGUGACCGAGGAAUAUUUAAAAAUCAAAGAAACGCUAAAUACGUACAAAAAUAAAAAGUCACAAGAUAACAAUACAUUCUGUAAAAAGGAAGACAAUAUGUAUAUAUAUUCUAUUCCUAAAAGUAACUUAAAAAAAAGUGCAAUCCAAAAAGAGUAUGAAAAGGAUAUUGAAAGUAAUACCGAAAAAAAAAAAAAAACAUAUCACAAUUCUGAACCAUCAUAUAUAAAAGGAGCAUAUAACGAUUUGAAAAAAAGCAUCUUAAGGAAUAACAUAAAAAUAAUUAACUAUGAUUAUGAAAAAAAUUUAUGUUACAUAUUGAUAAGAAAAGAGUCCACAUAG